CCGGCGGAGAGGGGUCAGCCGCGGCGGAGGGCGGCGGUGGCGGCAGCGCCAGCCGCGCAGCUCGGUUCCCGCGAGUCUCCGCUCCCCGAGUCCGGGCGGGGCGCGCGGCGUCCGCCGCCGGGAUGCAAUCUCCCGCCCGCCGCGGCCGCCGCCCGGCGCUCCCGGCACUGCUGGCGCUCCUCACCUGCUCCGCGGCUUUUGCUUUGGUAUCUGAAGAUACGAAGAAAGAGGUCCAGCAGUCUCAGGAUUUGGAGAAAAGUACUAAUGAAAUUAAAAGGAAAAAUGACAUAGAUUUAAAAGAAAUUGUGUUUGUCAUCCAGAGUCAAAGUAAUUCUUAUCAUGCGAAGAGAGCAGAGAAAUUGAGAAAAAGCAUCUUAAAGCAGGCUGCCAAUCUCACACAGGAACUCCCCAGAGUAGUCCUUAUCCACCAGCUGACAAAGCAAGAAGGUGCUUGGACCAUCCUUCCAUUGUUACCACAUUUUUCUGUAGCAUAUACCAGAAAUUCAUCAUGGAUUUUCUUCUGUGAAGAAGAGACAAAGAUCAAAAUUCCAAAGCUCUUAGAAAUACUCAGGAAAUAUGACUCUUCUAAGGAAUGGUUUUUAGGGAAAGCAUUAUAUGAUGAAGAAUCUACAAUAAUUCACCAUUAUGCCUUUUCUGAAAAUCCUACAGUUUUUAAAUAUCCAGACUUUGCUGCUGGCUGGACCCUUAGCCUUCCACUUGUAAACAAGCUCACCAAGAGGUUAAGGAGCGAAUCCCUGAAAUCUGACUUUACAAUAGAUUUAAAACACGAGAUUGCUCUCUACAUCUGGGACAAAGGAAGAGGGACUACCCUCACUCCCACAGCCGAGUUUUGUACAGAAGAUGUGGACUCCAGCUGUGCCACCACAUUCCAUUCUUUCCUACCACUGUGUGGGAAACCUGUGAAGAAAGAGGAUAUUUUUGUUGCAGUAAAAACAUGCAAGAAAUUUCAUGGUGAUAGAAUACCCAUUGUAAAGCGGACCUGGGAGGACGAGGCUCAUCUCAUUGAGUACUACAGUGACUAUGUCGAAAGCUCCAUCCCUACUGUGGAUCUGGGAAUUCCGAAUACAGAUAGAGGUCAUUGUGGAAAAACAUUUGCCAUUUUGGAAAGAUUUUUGAAUAAUAGCCAUGACAAAGUGGCAUGGUUAGUCAUUGUGGAUGAUGAUACCUUAAUAAGCAUCUCCAGGCUCCGGCACCUGCUUAGCUGCUACGACUCCAGUGAGUCCGUGUUCCUGGGAGAGCGGUACGGCUAUGGCCUGGGCACUGGCGGAUACAGCUAUGUCACCGGAGGCGGAGGCAUGGUCUUCAGCAGAGAAGCCAUCAGGAGACUCCUCGCCAGCAAGUGUCGGUGCUACAGCAAUGAUGCUCCUGACGACAUGGUCCUGGGCAUGUGCUUCAGUGGGCUGGGCAUCCCUGUGACUCACAGCCCACUUUUCCACCAGGCUCGGCCGGUAGAUUACCCAAAGGAUUACCUUUCUCAUCAGAUUCCUAUAUCAUUCCACAAACAUUGGAACAUUGAUCCAGUGAAGGUGUAUCACACGUGGCUGGCACCCAGCAUGGAGGACAAAACCAGGCAGGAGACACAGAAAGCUUCUAAGGAAGAGUUAUAGAGUGUGAUGGCCCUGGUGUAGAACAUGGAGAGGAACAGCCAUGGAGACCUGAACUGUCCCACUGGGCUGUGUUCAUCAUACUGCUUGCGUAAGCCACUGGGCACUGGACACUUUGUGACAUGAGGUGGAAAUAGUGCAUAGGGUAUUGAUGGGUGAAUAAAAGUACUCUUAGGGGAAACGGAUUUUAUUUUAUUUUUUUUCUAGGAAAAAAAAAUUACUUGCUUUGUGAUGGAUGCCAUUACUGUAACACAAUGUUUACUGUGCGUUUUCUAGGCUGUGAUACAGCAGCUUUAAUGCUGUCAUGGGGAAACAAAUGGUACCCGAAGUCCCUUCCCCGUUCCCUCUCUUCAUGAUGAGUUUCAGUUGGGCAUGAGAGUGGGGAAAUGUGACUGGCUAUCAUUUCCUAUAAAGAAUGAUGACCUUUUUGUUGUGGAUAUUGCCCAUGGUAAUGAACUUUUAUGCCAUAUUAUUGAUAAUGAAAAUUCGUUUCUGGAAACUCAGUUGGAAUGGUACUGUAUUAAGGGUGAUUCAUAAAACAUCAUAAAAGCCUAAAUAUAAAAACUCCCUGUCGUCUAUAUAAUAUGGUUGUUAUAUUUUUAUCUAUUUUUUUGCUGCUUAUGGCCUAUCGAAAGGCCUUUGGCCUGACUCUCCUGUUUCUUUAGAAGUUCAUCUAUGUGCCAUUUCUCUCUAAGCCCCUAUCUUUAAGGCCAGCCAGAAACGAAGAUCCUCAGUAUUUCAAAGCAAGUCCAUGUGUCUCCCUCAAGUCAGCAGCUUUUGAAGACUCAGGAGGUGAAUUCCACGUAGACCUGGCAUUGUACCUUGUUUCUCUGUGAGAAUUUCUCCUCUGGCUUGGCAUAGACACCUUAGCUCCAGCCAGUACCCAUGACACCCUCUGGGAAGGCUGGCACAGGGACUUGGCAAUAUGUCUGAGUUCUUAAACAGUGACAUUUGAACAUAGUGUUAAAAAUAGCUCUAGUUUGGAAAUCCUAUAUUUAAUAUAUAGUAAUUUAACACAUUCAGUAUUACUCUAUAAAAAGUACUCUAUAUUUUAAUGCUUUUAAUUCUAUUCAGGUUUGUAAAGAUAUUUGCAUAAGAUUUCAUUUUAAUAUGUCAUACUAAUUUUGGUACCGUAGAAUACUUUCUUCUUUUUUAAAAAAACAAAAUUGUUCUUCAUUAACUUUGCUUAUAAUGCUUUUUGUAGCCAGGCACAGGGUUUUAAAGCCAUAUCACUGAAAGUACCUGUGUGUGUGUGUGUGUGUGUGUGUGUGUGUGUGUGUGAAUACUUUUUUUUAAAACAAUAUAUACAUAUACCUUUGAUGUAACUUAGAUUUAACUAAUUUCCAAAGUGAUGCAGUAGCUUUGGUAUAUUAGCCAGUACCAGGAUUGGCAGGUGACAAUGCAGGUUAGUACUGGCAGUGCACGCUGGGCACUGCAAUGGAUACCCAAGGCUCCAGUGGACACCCAGGGCUCCAGUGCACAACUGGAAACCACAGUGCACAUCCAGUACUGUGGUAGACACCCAGUCCUGCAGUGUCCAGCUCUGAAGCCAGUGUUCACACACUACAGUGCACAUGUUAUACUGCACUGGACACUCAGUGCUGCAGUGGACACCCAGUGCUCCUGUAUACAUACACAGCACCGCAGCACACAGUGGACACCUCAUGCCAAAUUGCCUCAGUGGAACACUCUAAAUUCAGUUUGCAAAAUGGCUUUGUGACUCACCGAAGGAAGGGAUUGAGGACAACCACGGGUUAAGGGGCUCUCUAGGGAUUUCUAGACCUUCCAAGGCUGCUCUGAUUCUGUCAGCACUGUUGUUCUUGCAGCUGGGAUCACUGUCAUUUCUACCAUGAAGGAGUACUCCUGGAGGACCUGGUGGUAACAGUAGUGGAGAAGAGUCUUGGUUUCUUCUGCCUCAGCCUCUGUUAACCUCAGAAGACAGUGUGAAAGUGUCUGCACUGGGAAAUCUGCACUGGGCUUGCUACUGUGUGUGACCAAUGCCUCCUAAUGAGCCUAGUGUGCUGCCUCUGGCACUUUGAGGUGUUUGUUAGUUAAUGUUUCCUUUUGGGAAUUCUGUAAGUCCAAGUAUGAAUAAAACAUCAUUGUCCAGCUUUCUGAUUUCUCAAAUGUAUUCGUUAGUCAAGACGAGAUUAGGAGUGCACAGAGCAUGGGGGAAAAGGAUCCAUGAAGAAAUCGGGGAAAUGCUGACCACUCAGUAAAUAAGAGUGCUGAGAGAGAGAAAAUAAUAAAAGCUAAGCUUAAUGUACAGUCUGUAAAGUCAUUCUACUUUAAUAUAUGACAAGUCAGAGAUGCCAUUUGACAAUUGAGAUUAGAAUCAAUAUUGCAUCUGAACUCUGCAGGACAGGUGUCCUCUUCUUUCUUUUGCCCUUUAAGGAGGGAUGUCUUCCCCUGUAGCUAUUUUUUAUCCUAAGGAUUAACACCAGAGAUUUAUGUGUGGAAUUAUCAGAAGGUCAUUUUUACUUUUAAGCCAUUUCAGGUGAUUUAGCUAGGUAAGAGGUUCUACAUCUUGCACUUAAUCAGAAAUCAAAAGAUCCUGUGUAGAAUGCUUGGGAGCCUAAAACAAUGAUAGCACUCUAGGUUAUGAGUGAUGCUGUGCCUGGACAAAAAAAAAAAUAUCAGUAUCUUCUGUAUUUUCUUAUUUGUUGAAAACCUUUCAGGCUUCUACACCCUUAGCCAUUAUAAUUAUUUAGGCAUGCAUACUUCCUCAAAAACUAAUACCAGAGUAUAGACACUUGUGAAAAUACUCGGAUUAUCUUCCAAUUGUAGAGAUAUAAUUAUUAUUUUUAUAACAUUAAUGUUUAAAUUAUCUUUAAGUAGUUGUACAAAGAAGUUUCAAUCCAACAUAUCAGUUUUUGAGUAGAAUACAUCUUGAUCAAUGUCACCCUUCCAUUGUUUUCCCACCAUCUCUUACAACCUUAUUCAUUCUCUCAAGUUCCAUUUUUACAUAGGUACAUUGAAUAUUAUGACUGCAUUUGCCAACCCAUCCUCUUUCUGUCCGUCUGUCUCCAAUCCCCUUGACUUCGCCCCUUACUAUUGUGUUUCAGUUUUCUGGUGUUCAUUUUGUUAAACUGUCAGUUAAUUGUUGAAAGGAGUUACACCACUGAAAUCCUCCCAUGCGUAUACCAUACUUGAGUCAAUGUGUGUAUAUUUGCACCUAACAUGUUUUCAUACGUUUAUAAGUUAAAUCUAAACCCUACAUAUGAGAGAAAAUGUGCCCUUUGUAGCGGUGUCAUUUUUCUAUGGAAUAAAGUGAGUCAAUACAUUUAUUCAGCAACUGUUGAGUUAUUAAACACACUGUGCCAGUCA